GGGCACCAUGGCGAGUCCCGGACAGAAAGUGGUACUGAUCACCGGCUGCUCCUCCGGUAUCGGUCUGAGGAUGGCCGUGAUGCUGGCUCAUGAUGAACAGAAGCGCUACCAUGUCAUAGCAACAAUGCGUGAUCUGAAACGUAAAGAUAAGCUGGUGGAAGCUGCCGGGGAUGCGUAUGGGAAAACUCUCUCGCUGGCUGUACUGGACGUCUGCAGCGAUGAGUCCGUCAAACAGUGUAUUAACGGUAUCAAAGAUCGACAUGUGGAUGUCCUCAUCAAUAAUGCAGGUAUCGGCCUAGUGGGUCCGGUGGAGAGCAUCCCCAUCGAAGAGAUGAAGAAAGUGUUUGAGACCAAUUUCUUCGGGGUGAUCCGCAUGAUCAAGGAGGUGAUGCCUGAUAUGAAGAAAAGGAACGGAGGACACAUCAUUGUGGUCAGCAGCGUGAUGGGACUACAAGGUGUGGUGUUUAAUGACGUGUAUGCAGCCUCCAAGUUUGCCAUGGAGGGCUUCUGUGAGAGUUUGGCUGUGCAGCUCCUGAAGUUUAACGUCACGUUGUCACUCAUUGAGCCGGGCCCGGUGCACACAGAAUUUGAGGCAAAGAUGAUUCAGGAUGUGAAGCAGAAGGAGUAUCCCGGAGCUGAUCCUGACACGGUGCAUUACUUCAAGAACGUCUAUCUUCCGUCUUCUGUUGACAUCUUUGAGACGCUGGGACAAACGCCUGAUGACAUCGCCAGAUGUACCAAGAAAGUGAUUGAAGCAAGCAGGCCACGUUUCCGGAAUCUGACCAACCCUUUGUACACACCAAUCGUAGCACUGAAAUACGCAGAUGAAACUGGAGGCCUGUCUGUCCAUGCCUUCUACCACAUGCUAUUUAACCUGGGCCCUCUAAUGCACGUCAGCAUGACUGCCAUGAAGUAUCUCACCUGUGGAUGUCUGAGGAGCCGGACAGUUUCACCAAACUAGAAACUUUUAUCUUGUAAAUAAAUGUGACCAGUACACUCACCCUGGGUAUGUAGACCACAAUAAAGACCACACACUACCUCGACUUGGGUUGUCAGAGGAAAAAACCAAAACACAAAUACUAAACUCACAAGAGUUUAUCUUUUAUGACCUGCCAUAUUUCCUGCUGUAUGUAUUCUUAGCUUAUACAUCCAUAUCUGAAUGAAUGUACAGAUACCAUGAGUCCUUUUGAGUUUAAAUACUACAGAUUUAAAGGUUUGUUAG